AUGGCGGUCCUGAACCGUCUUCUGAGAAGCACGACCUUGUCACUCACACUCCGGAGGAGCUUAUCAUCUUCAUCUUUGAAUUCGGGAAUAGGCCUCGGAGGAGCACCACCACCGCCGCUGUCUUCUCUUCAUUUCAGUCUGGGUGGAGGAGGAGGAGGAGCAGACACGCCAAACACAAAGAACAGGAAUGUGCAGUGGGUGUUUCUUGGUUGCCCAGGCGUCGGCAAAGGUACCUACGCCGGUCGCCUCUCUCACCUCCUCCGUGUCCCUCAAAUCUCCACCGGCGAUCUUGUUCGCGAAGAGCUCUCACACAUACAGCUUUCUCUCCCUCGGCUAUCCGGCCGCACCACCCACCAAAGCUUCGGGCAGCUGAAACUUCUCCCUCGUUCUGGUUAUCUAUCUCUCUACAUAUGGCAUAUAUCCGGCUACUGA